AUGAAGGUGGUGGUCAAUGAAAUGUCCCAAGUUGUUGAGAUUAUCACCAAUGAGGGCGUUAUUUCUGUUGAGCUUUAUGAUACCUUUGCACCCCGUGCUGCCGAGUCGUUUCGCCGAUUUGCCGAAAGUGGUCAACUUGAUGGUGCUGUUUUCGACAGAAUGGUUCCCACAUUCUUGUUAGAGUGCAGACUUUCAGAAUUUAGUGUGUAUGGUGAACUGGUAGGGAGAGAGGAGAAUAAUCAUUUGCAUCACACUGGUGCAGGGAUUCUCACUUGUUUUGGAACUGUCCUUGAGAGUGGCGCUUUUUUUAUUACUCUUGGGCCGCAACCUGAGUUGGAUAACGUUUGCACCAUAUUCGGUCGUGUACGGAGUGGUAUGCGUGUAGUGGAGAAGAUUAGUCGGUCUCGUGUAGCUGAAAAAACGUUUCGUCUUUAUACUCCGGUAGUGGUUGAGCGGUGUUUAACGCGAGUCUUGCCAAAGGAGCGGAGACCUGAAUGUGUGGGAGGGGAACAGUUGGACGUCCUGCCGCAGUCUGUGAGUCGACACUGUGGAACACAGAGUAGUAUCUUGAAUGAUUUGGAGUGA